UGUUUAGUUCAUUGCAAAACUCAGAUUCAAAAUUUUUAAGUCUUCAAAAUUGUUCCAUUUUUUUUUUUUAAACCGGCUUAACUUUAUUUUAAUCCUUCAAAAUGCGGAUGCUUUGCGACAGGCUUUCCGCCUUGACCGCAGGAGCGAUGGUCGGGAUUUGGUAUGCCAAGAACUUCCCCGUCGAAAAGAAUGAGGAUUCGGGCAAGGAUGCCAAGGGCAAAGACAAGGGAAAGGACAAGGAUAAGGGGAAGGAUGAUAAGAAGGGCAAGGACCAGGACAAGGGAAAGGAGAAAGGCAAGGAGAAGGAAAAAUAAAGUGGCUUAACUGGCGGGAACCAGUGCUACUUUUAGCAGAUUCGAAACGAUACGCACGAUCAAAAUUCAAUUCUUGACGACGCAAUCAACAAGAGAAGGGCAAAAUGAAUGACCGCUGAACGCUUAGGAUUUAUCUUCUAAUUUGCUUCUGAAAACGCUUUUAUUAAUAUGCUUCCUUUUAUCUAUUACUUUAUUUGGAGUCCACCAGCUGGUUUAUUUUGAAGGUCGUGUGCAAAAUUUGGCCUUUUAAUAAAGUUACGUAUCAUAUCGAAGUCAACUUUAAA